GGUGAGUAGGAAAUAUAUCUACAUUGCAUCUGUUCCACACUUGUAAACAAAGAUCUGUGAUGUCUGAGACAAGGAAUUGAACCACAAUAAAUUAACUCACAGACGUCUGUCAGCUUUUUUUUUUUAAAGAAUUGCUCAAGAAUUAACAUGGAGAACGUUGAUGAUUUGGACACUUCAAGCACAACUGUUUUUAGCAAUAUAGAUACAGUUAGAGAGACAGACGGAGAUGAUACAGAGACAGUUACACUGACAGACAGACAUGAAAAACUUGUGCGUAGUGAAACAUUUACUAAAGGAAGAUCGUUACAGGGAAACAUUACAGCAACUGAAUAUCGGUGUGAUGUUUGUCGAAAGGUAUUCUCUUCAGAACACGAAGUCCUCAAACACAAAGAAAUACACAAUAAGGAAAAAGCCUACAAUUGUGAAAUAUGUGGGAAGAAUUUUGUAUCUAAUAGCGUCUUAAGAAAACACAAACGGAUACAUUCUGGGGUAAAACCGUUUCAGUGUGAAAUAUGUGCGAAGUCAUUCAUCACUAAGAGCCACUUAAAAAGACAUGAACAAACCCACACGGGAGAAAAACCAUAUCGUUGUGAAAUGUGUGGGAAAUCUUUCAUUGAUAACUCUCAGAUCACAAUCCAUCAACGAAGUCACACCGGAGAGAAACCGUUUCAUUGUGAGAUAUGUAGAAAAUCUUUUGUUUCCAACAGUAUGUUAACAGCACACAAACGGGUCCACACUGGGGAAAAUCUGUUUCACUGCGAAAUUUGUGGGAAAUGUUUUAUCUCUCGUUCUAAGCUUACGAUCCACAUACGGAGUCAUACGGGAGAAAAGCCGUAUUGCUGUGAAUUGUGUGGGAAAUCCUUCGUCAAUAAUAGUUAUUUAAUCAGUCACCGGAAGAUACACAGCGGGGAGAAACCUUUCCAAUGUGAGACGUGUGGAAAGUCCUUUAUUAAGAAUUCUCAGCUUAUCAUUCACAUCCGGAGUCACACGGGGGAGAAACCGUUUGAUUGCGACAUCUGCGGAAAAUCGUUUGUCUAUUAUAGCGCAUUAACGAAACACAAACGAAUCCAUACAGGGGAAAAGCCAUUUCAUUGCGAAAUUUGCGGAAAAUCUUUUAUUAAUAAUUCAAACCUUGAUAUCCACAUACGGAGCCAUACCGGAGAAAAACCGUUCCACUGCGAAAUGUGUGGGAAAUCUUUUAUGAUCAACAGCAAUUUAACAACCCACAAACGGAUACAUACGGGAGAGAAGCCUUUCCACUGUCAAAUAUGCGGAAAAUCCUUCGUUUCCACUGGAGAUUUAACAAAACACAAACGAAUCCAUACAGGGGAAAAGCCUUUCCAUUGUGAAAUAUGCGGAAAAUGUUUUAUUAAUAACUGGAAUCUUGUUAUACAUAUUCGUACUCAUACUGGAGAAAAACCAUAUAAUUGUGAAACGUGUGGAAAAUCUUUCUCCUUUAAUUCUAGUCUUGCCGUACACAAGCGUAGUCACACCGGAGAGAAACCUUUCCAGUGUGACAUAUGCGGGAAAUCGCUGAUUAAUAAUUCGAGUCUUGUGGUUCACAAGCGCAGACACUCCGGGGAAAAACCUUACAACUGUGAAAUCUGUGGGAAAUCAUUUGUGAACAACAGCGAUUUGAACAGACACAAACGAAUCCAUACAGGUGAAAAACCGUACAACUGUGAAAUCUGUGAGAAGGCUUUCAUCACAAACGGUCACUUAAAAAAACAUGCACGGGUACACACAGCAGGAAAUUUGUUCCACCGUGAGACAUGACGUAUCAUUUCCCUUUCAAAUCUAAAAUUAUCAGUAGACAUUAAAGAACAUCACGGAGAAAUCUUGUCAUAGUUUGGAAGAUUCAUUUAUGUCUAUAAAUAGACAUGGCUGUUUAUUUUAAGAGUUCGGUUUGUUAAUAAAAGGUUUUGGGUUCAGUUCCACUGAAUGGCAGCUUGGACAUGCGUCUAUAAAGGCCCUUGGUCGACUUAUGCACUUUCUUUUAUUCUUUUACUGGUUUCAGCCAUUUGACUGCGGCCAUGCUGGAGCACCACCUUUUAGUUGAACGAAUCAGCCCCAGGACUUAGUCUUUGUAAACCUAGUACCUAUUCUAUUGGUC